AUGGCCACCGCAAGUCUCUCAAGUAAUUGGAAGAAGCUUCAGGCGACGCUGAAGAAAGACGGUGCGGCACCCUCCAAACGCAAGGCCGUUGACCGCGACUCCGGACAUGGCACGGUGAAGAAACACAAAACGACCGAGAAACCGAAAUCUACGACCCGCGAACAUCCUCCUGCAUCCAUCAAACGGAAGAGAAUGGCCGACCGCCCGACGACGGCGGAGACGGGGGACGUCUCGACACGGCGCAGAAAGUCGAGCGCGGGGAGUUCUGUGCAGGUUGCGACGACGGGGACGCGCAAUGGGAAGGUGAAUGAGGGCCGGUCACCGACUACGGAACUCGGCAAAUACGUCGCCAUGGACUGCGAAAUGGUCGGCGUGGGACCGAACCCAGACAACGACUCGGUGCUCGCACGAGUCAGUAUCGUCAAUUUCAACGGCGACCAAGUCUACGACUCGUACGUGCGACCCAAGGAGAUGGUGACGGACUGGCGCACGCACGUCAGCGGCAUCGCGCCCAAGCACAUGGUCGAAGCGCGGACGCUAGAGAUCGCACAAAAGGAGGUGGGCGCGAUCCUGGAUGGGCGCAUCCUGGUAGGCCACGCCGUGCGGAACGACCUGGACGCCCUGCUGCUCGGCCACCCUAAGCGCGAUAUCCGGGACACGAGCAAGCACGCGGCCUACCGCAAAAUCGCGGGCGGCGGGUCACCACGCCUGAAGAUGCUUGCUGAGGAGUUCCUGGGCUUGAAGAUCCAGGAUGGGGCUCAUUCUAGUGUUGAGGAUGCCCGUGCUACUAUGGCUCUGUAUCGUCGCGACAAGGAUGCGUUUGAGCGUGAGCAUCUGAAGAAGUGGCCUACGCGUGUUAUUGUCGAAGAUAGAGAUGGGGUGGAUAGUCCCAAGAAGAAGAAGAAGAAGAAGAAGAAGACGCGCAAGCGGUGA